GGAAUGGGAAUGGAAAGGGGUCGUGACGGGGGAAGGAGGAUGCGUCAGGAAGGGGAAAAGAAUGGGGAAGGGGACACAGAAGGCAGGUGCGUUGAUUUCUCUCCCUCUCGCACUAUCUUUUUUCUGCGGUGGAUUUUUCACGGGGAAGGGGACACACAAGGCAGAGGGAGUCAGCGCAGGCGUAGGAGUAUGGAGCCAGAUCUCCCGCAAUAGAGGCGUCGAGGCGUCAGUCGACGAGUUGGGUUCUAUCUCUCUAUAUUCCGCACAAAGAAUAGAGCCUAGUCCUGUCUAAGCAAGGAGUCUUCAAGAAGCAACUCUGGCCUAGCACUGGAGCUCUCCUUCUUGGAAGGGAUCUGGCACCUUCAAUGAUGCAACUACGAGCCAGCAACAUAGCUCUUCAGUGGACAGGCGAUAGAUUACACCAUGCAUGUGUUUUCGUGUGCUUGAGCCAAUGUAUUGUUGAAACUCUUUUAAGUUGCUUGCUUCUCUCUCUCUCUCUCUUAAGUUGUGUAAGUAAAACAAAAUAAAAUCCUACCAUCUGGUCAUUAGAGAUGGAUGGUAAGUAUUUAUUUAUUUAUUUAUUUAUUUGUGAAUUUCUCCGUCCGAGCUUCAACAAAGAAAUCCUUCAUCCUCUCUCACAACACUGUCUAAUUUAUUGCAUCAGAAGUGUUUUAAUCUUACCCGACAAAGCAAUGCAUUGGGUGCAUAUGAUUAUAUAGAGCUCAAGAUGGCCGGAAGAUUCAGUUCCUAUACAUGCACAACACAUGAUCUGAUGCACUGCAUCGAUAGUGUGC